AAGACAAGUCUCCCAAAACACUGGAAGCCAAAGCAAUUCCUUGUUAAAGGUGCAACCAUUGAAAUACAGUAUAUGCCUUUACAAAGUCUUUACUACAUCUAAAGGCAACCACAGGAAACUACAACAACACUGGAAUGUCCUCCACCACAAUGUUUCUGUAGUACAUUUUAUAUUGGGAUUUCACUUCCCAAUUUGAAGAUUAGUGAUAAGAUAAGACCUGAGGCAGUAAAACAUAACCAAUGUUUACAAAACCUAUGCUAUACCAAUAUUUGGUAUAGCUACCCAGUGUGACUAAAUUACACAUUGGCUAGUUUUCACACCUGACGACAAACUAUCUGGUGGGAUACAACACCAGAGGCAAACCUAAGUUAGCAUAUCUCACAUUCAAAGAUUAAUUUAUGAUUUUUAUCCCUGUAUAAACUAGGAAACUUCUAGCAAGACAAAGCACAAUGACUCUACAGCUGGAUGUUUGCAAAAUGUUAGCAACUGCUUUUGAUGUGUUGAGCUGAGGUUUGCUAUGUUGCAGCUACAACAAACACUAGUUACCGUAUAGGUAACAUCGGUUGCUCUCCAACAAAUGUAAUGUCAACUCUGAAUCAGUGUGAAGUUUGAGUCUGACGCUUCAUUCGAGUUUAGGAGAAACUAAAUGUGGUAGAGAUAAAAUAGGAUAUGGGGACUAGCAAAGUAGCAAAGGAGUGCCUGGUAUUAAUCAGCAAGAAUUGCAAAUAUUUACUGAUUAUAUUAUUGUUAUUUUGUGCAAAGAGCUAGGAAAAUACUACUGAUUGCACCUUUAAGCUUGAUAAAUCCUUUGCACUGCAACAACAGAUGUUACUGUGAUGCUUACCAUCACUCAUCUUUGUGAGAGUAAACAACAUUUGUAAAAGAGACUUUUCAGCUUCAGGAGAAGAAUGAUUAGAGGGGAAACAAGGAUUUACUUAAGCGACAAAUGUUUUGGGAACCUAGCCCAGAGCUGGUUAUAGGACCAAGCCUCAGACCUGGCCUGUCUUGUCUGUUUGAUAUUGAGAUUUAUCAGUUUUGUCAAAAACUACCAUUCUUAAAGUGUCAAAGCAAGAUGACUAAAUCUAGAGAUGCCAUAACAUUUACCCUGGAUGUCCUUGGAGUUCUGCAUUACCCAAAACAUUUGUGUACACUACUUGAAUAGCUUAUUGUUCAAUGGUUGUAGUUUGUCUUUAAUAUCAUUGUUUGUUUGUUUGUUUUUUGUUUUACCUCUUUGGCAGUCACAUACCUAGGGAUUAUGUGAGUUUGAAGUGGCAUCAAAAAUACUAAAGGAAAAGUAAUCGCACUGGACACCUCUAUUGUUAUGAACCAGUUCCGUGCAGCGACGCCUUCACUAAGCCCCCUGACAGGUCUCUUCUUCCGCACGCUCACCUUCCUGGAACAUGACAUAAAGCCAGUCUUUGUGUUUGAUGGAAAGCCUCCCGGGGAAAAGACAGCUGUUCUUAAGAAGCGAGCUGAGGCAGCUGGUUGGAGCUCCCCCAACCGCACUGGCACAGCAUCGUCCCUGACCAAAGAUUGUCUCCAGCUCCUGAAGCUUCUAGGUGUACCUGUCAUCCAGGCUCCAGGGGACGCUGAGGCACGGUGCGCCCGGCUGGUGAGAGAGGGGACUGUGGACGCUGUGGCAUCAGAGGACAUGGACACACUGCCGUUUGGAGCCAAUAUUCUCAUUCGCCAGCUGAACGCCAAGAAGGAUGGUGAAGUCAUUGAAUAUUCUUUACCCAAGCUGUUGGAGAAACUCCAAAUUAGUCACGAGGAGUUUGUUGACCUGUGUAUUUUGUUGGGCUGUGACUAUUGUGAAAAGAUUACCGGUUUGGGUCCUAGGAGAGCUCUGACACUGAUCCAGAAGCACCGUACUAUUGAGAAUGUGGUUUUGCAUAUCAACAGAAAGACCCAUCCUGUGCCGGAUGUCUGGAAGUAUGAAGAAGCGCGGAAGAUAUUCUUGGAUGCACCACAAACCGUAGCUCCUGAACUCACCUGGACUGAGCCAGAUGAAGAAGCCUUGGUUGGGUUCCUCUGUCACGUCAAACGCGUGAAGGAGGACAGGGUCCGUCAUCGAAUGGAGAAGUUCCGUCAGAUGCGUGAGAGUAAGCGGGAGGAGAGGGAAAAGGAGAGGGCAGAAGGGCGUAGCAGGCAGACUCGCAUGGAGGACUUCUUUAGAGUUACCAGAAAGAGGGAUCAGCCCGUGGAAGCUGCAGACUCUUUGAGCAGCAACAGAAAGAGACCAAAGUCGAAAUAAGGCUGCCACCAUCAAAGUUGGAAAGCAGUUGUUUUAAACCAUGUCUGCCUGUCCAGAUAUCUCAAAAAUUAUGAACAAAAACAUUGACAGACAAAUCUGUGAUCCCAAUCUUGAAUUUCUGCCAUGACAUGAUUUUGUUUUUUGAUUAUCAUGGCUUAUUCGACCUCCAUGUUGACUAAAUGGUAUUCCAUUUUUUUCUUUUUUUUCUUUUUAUUUUCUGUAACACUAAUUUCAACAGUUUCAGAGGCAGCAGCUUUACAUGUUGGAUCAUGGUUUUGCAUUAGCAGAGGACUGCGCUUUUCCAAGUGCCAUCUAGUCACCGCCAAAUUUAGAAGAAGCCAAAACAGGCAUGUUGCAAGACACUGACUUCAAGUCUUUGUCUCUGCAUGUGAGCACUACCCCCACUGACGAUACAAUAAUCUGAUCUUGUCUUACCAGCAGUGUCUGCAACAAUGCAAUUCACUGAGCAGUUCUUAAGUGUAUCCAGCAGUUUCCUGCAAAGCCACCAAGAAAAGCAGAGCAGGCAGUGGAGGGCUAUGAAAGAGAACAGUGAGAUCACUGUCAGGGAGGCCUUUCCCCCGGGCCAAAACUGGAGACGGGAUGUCUCAUCACUAGAUAUUCAAUGAGCACCUGUUGUGUAAAGGGUGCCAAGGCAGAGACCAAAGACUUGAAUUUUAAAACAAGCACUAAUGUGGGAUCAUGUCUUAAAGAGAUAGUGAGAUGUUUAAAUCCAUAUGAAGAACAUUGUAUAUUAUUUUGAAAAUCCUUGUAAAUACAGUAUACACAGAAUACACUGUAUGUUUUAUGUUUUAUGUGUUUAUUUUUAUAUUUUAUAUGUAAUGCUGUUGGCCUUUUUAAAUUAAAAUAAUGUAAUAAUG